CUGAGCUUCCGGGGUCUGUAGCUGGAGAGGAGGAAGAGCGGGAUCAGCUGAACCUCAGAAGGAAAAAGCUUUGGACAUCAUCUGUCGUGAUGAAGAACAAAUCAAGCAUCGGCAAUGUGAUUUGAACCAAUGUGUGUCGUUUUUUCGGCACACGCCUCAAAGCUUCAGAUUAAAGGAAAUUAAAAUAUUUUCCUGAAAUUCAUCACCAACAACCAGGAUAUUUAACUAAGAGCAAAGUUAAACUGCUGAAAGAGGUAAAGCAGAAGCCUUCCUGAAGAAUCUCCAGAACACGCAGAAAUUGUUUGCUACAUUUAAAAGACAAAUGAAGCCAAGUCCCGACAUGGAGAAACAUCAGCACUCUGUCAAGAGUUUUACUCAACAGAGUAAUCUCAAAAAACACCAGCACAUUCACACAGGAGAGAAACCGUAUCACUGCUCAGACUGUGGGAAGAGUUUUACUGAACAGAGUAAACUCAAAAUACAUCAACGCAUUCACACAGGAGAGAAACCGUAUCACUGCUCAGACUGUGGGAAGAGUUUUACUACACAGAGUGAUCUCAAAAAACACCAGCGCAUUCACACAGGAGAGAAACCGUAUUACUGUUUCGACUGUGGGAAGAGUUUUAAUCAACAGAGUAAUCUCAAAAGUCACCAGCGCAUUCACACAGGAGAGAAACCGUUUCACUGCUCAGACUGUGGGAGGAGUUUUAAUCAACAGAGUCAUCUCAAAAGUCACCAGCGCAUUCACACAGGAGAGAAACUGCAUCACUGCUCAGAUUGUGGGAAGAGUUUUACUAAACAGAGUAAUCUCAAAAUACACCAGCGCAUUCACACAGGAGAGAAACUGCAUCACUGCUCAGACUGUGGGAAGAGUUUUACUACACAGAGUGAUCUCAAAAAACACCAGCGCAUUCACACAGGAGAGAAACCGUAUUACUGUUUCGACUGUGGGAAGCGUUUUACUGAACAGAGUAAUCUCAAAAGUCACCAGCGCAUUCACACAGGAGAGAAACCGUUUCACUGCUCAGACUGUGGGAGGAGUUUUAAUCAACAGAGUACUCUCAAAAUACACCAGCGCAUUCACACAGGAGAGAAACCGUAUUACUGCUCAGACUGUGAGAAGAGUUUUACUACACAGAGUCAUCUCAAAAAACACCAGCGCAUUCACACAGGAGAGAAAAAUGUCCCAAAUUUGUCCCAUGGCAAUUAAAAGCGCAAAUCAUAAAUUCCACCAGAAACAAAUAUGAACUGUAUUUAACAAUGGAUUUUACAGGUUCAGCAAAACUAUUCUUAUCCAGGGAUGAUGUGUAUAGAAUUCCAUGUUAUGUUUGUAUGUCUUGUAAGUUUGAAUAUUCCAGGACAUUCUUUGUGAGACAGAGCUCAGUUUUUAGGUUAGUUACUGUUGCGCAGUAAUGUUACAGGCUCAUUCACUCCCUCUGCUGGUGUUCUUGUUUGUCUAUGGUUCAGUCCAAUUAAAAAUCUGUUACUAUAGAGGGAUAUAGAGGGAUAUUUGGUUGUGUUGUAUUACUCAAGUUUUAUACUCUCUUAUCUUUUCCUUAUUGAAUAUUAAAUGUUGCUUAUGUUUUUUUUUAUCUCCAAAGUUACUAAGAAUAUCCAAAUAAUGUAGUUUCUUAAUUGUUUUUAUCCAGUACAAACUAUUAUCUUUAUUACUU